UGUAAACUGAAAAAAAAAUCAGUUGACGUAUAACAGUGUCACCGCUACAUCAACCGAUUCUCUAAAUCAAUUCAAAAUGGUGUUAAUCAAGAGAUUCAUUUUGUUCACCAUCUCCGUCAGCUUAUGUGUCUCCGCUGAAAAUAAUGGCACCUUUCCAAAAGACUUCCUGUUUGGAGCAGCUUCGUCUUCGUAUCAAGUCGAGGGAGCGUGGAAUGAGGACGGAAAAGGAGAGAACAUUUGGGAUCGGAUGACUCACGCUCAUCCAGAAUCUAUAAUGAAUAGAGAUAACGGUGACGUAGCGUGCGAUUCCUACCAUAAAUACAAAGAGGAUGUUUCCAUUGCUGCCGAUUUAGGUCUCAAGCAUUACAGAUUUUCUAUAUCUUGGACCAGAAUUCUGCCCUCUGGCUACGACAACUACGUCAACCAAAAAGGAAUCCUGUACUAUCAAAACCUCAUAGAAGAAAUCCUCAAACACAAGAUGAUACCCGUAGCGACCAUUUACCACUGGGAUCUGCCUCAAUCCCUUCAAGAUAUCGGGGGAUGGACCAACCCCUUACUCGUAAAUCAUUUCGUUAACUACGCCAGGAUAGUGAUAAAGAAUUUCAAAGAUGUUGGAUAUUGGAUUACCAUAAACGAGCCAAAACAAGUCUGUGUCAGAGGCUAUGGAGCGGGAGAUUUUGCACCAGGAAUCAAAGGAAGCGGUAUAGCGAACUAUUUGUGUGCUUAUUUGAUUGCAAAGUGCCACGCCGCAACUUACCACAUGUAUAAAGAUGAGUUUCCGCACUAUAAAG